CCAGUCCGUCUCUACAUAUAACGUAGCGAUUCCUCCUCGAGGCGACACAAUCCCCUCCAAGACGCUGUGCGCCCGCAUUCAUCUGUUGCCUCAGUUCCGCUGAGAGAAGAUUUCAUCUCCCUCUCUCUUCCUACGAAAGAAAUCCCAACCCGACCGACCACUUCGCCGUCCCGCCCCGCGCGUCGCUCUCCUCACCAUGACGCUCUACUACACCCUCGUGUUUGUCCUCCUGAUGGUGGAGAUGGCCGUGUUCAUGCUCCUCAUCGUGCCAAUGCCGUUUACGCUCAAGCGCAAGAUCUUUACGUACGUCAUGUUCCUCGCGUAUUCCUCACGGGCGGACAUGCCGCGUUCGAAAACCUGUGCGUGUCGGCUAAACCAUGAUUUUUCUACGUCGCAGAUUCAUCUCGGAAAACCCCAUCGUCGCCAAGAUAGAAUAUUGGAUGAAGAUCACCUUUGUCUUCAUACUCAUUCUCUUCAUCGACAGCGUUAAUCGCGUGUAUCGUGUCCAGCUCGAGCUGCUGGCCGCCACGGAGCAGACCUCUAAGGGAGCCGCCGUCAUGGGCCACGAACGCCUCGAGGUGCAGGCCCGCAAGUUCUACUCGCAGCGCAACAUGUACCUCUGCGGCUUUACGCUGUUCCUGUCCCUCAUCCUCAACCGCACCUACGUCAUGAUCAUCGAGGUGAUGCGCCUCGAGGACCGCGUCCGCGCCUACGAGGGCACCAAGAAAGACACCAAGGAGAGCGAGAAGCUGGCGGUCGCGGGUAAGCCCGGCGAGCUCGCGGCCCUUAAGAAGAAGCUCGAGCAGAAGGAGCAGGACCUGCAGACGCUCAAGAAGCAGAGCGAGCAGCUCCACAAGAGCUACGACGAGCUCAGCGAUAAGUACGCCGCCACGCAAAAGGACGGCGAAGCCAGGAAGUCCAAGUAGGACAUUUGCUUGACGGACCCCAAUACGCUGGCGACCGAUUGAGGCCCUUCCCCUCCCGGGUCGGGUGAGCCAAUGAAGGAGGGCAGAGCAGAGUAGAACGACCAAGGUAGAGUUGGACUGUUGGAUUGGGCGAGUCGCCAGUCCAUCGCACAUGGCACUGUUACGGCCCGGAGGACGUGAUGAGUUAUCAGGCUAGGAGAACCAGUCUCCCGUCUUGAUAAAGUAUCUACGAUAUGGGGAGCACCUCGCA